AUGGAGGCUUUAGUUGAUCCUAAUACUCACUUAAUUGGGGUUUAUGGCUCACAUGAUCAAUUCAAAGACGCUCUGCUUGAAAAAGUUCGUAGAAGAGUCCACCGAGACAAACUGUUUGAUAUGGUUCUGACUGCAACUGUAACCAAAAAACCCGAUGUGAAGAAGAUUCAAGAAGACAUUGCGCGCCAACUAGGGUUCUCUUUUAAUCACAAGUCCAAAAAUGAAAGAGCCCAAGAAAUUGUUGAGAGGAUAAAGAAUGGACAAAAAUUUUUGAUUGUAUUUUGUGACCUCCAUAAGGAGCUUGACUUGAGUAAGGUGGGAAUUCCAUAUGGUCCAGAUUACACAGGUUGCAAGAUAUUACUUACUUCUACUACUGAAGAUGUGCUAUCCAACCACAUGCAUACCCAAAAGAAUUUCAAGGUCUGA